CUGACGAGCUUGCACGCGACCCGUGGGGGUGAGGUCGUGUGGGAACAAGCUGAGCAUAAGCUGAGCACCAUGACAUCCAACAAGUACGACGUGAUUGUCAUCGGGGGUGGCAUCUCAGGCCUGUGUGCAGCCAAGCUGCUGGUGGAGUCAGGUCUGAACCCCGUCGUGCUGGAGGCCCGAAACCGGGUGGGGGGGGCGGACUUUCACCGUACAGAACAAGGAGACCAAGUAUGUGGACUUAGGGGGGGCCUACAUCGGUCCCACGCAGAACCGCAUCCUACGAAUGGCUAAGGAGUUCGGCGUGGAGACCUACAAGGUCAAUGAGAAGGAGAACCUGGUCCACUACAUCAAGGGAAAAUCCUACCCAUUUAAGGGACCAUUUCCCCCCAUGUGGAACCCAUUAGCCUACAUGGACUACAACAACCUGUGGAGGACGAUGGAUGAAAUGGGGAAGGAGAUUCCUAAGGACGCGCCGUGGAGAGCGCCGCAUGCCGAGGAGUGGGACCAGAUCACCAUGAAGGAGCUCUUUGACAGGCUCUGCUGGACAAGGAGCGCCCUUCAGUUUGCCAAACUCUUUGUGAACGUGAACGUGACAUCAGAGCCCCACGAGGUCUCAGCUCUCUGGUUCCUGUGGUACGUCAAACAGUGUGGGGGCACCAUGCGGAUCUUCUCCACCGCCAAUGGAGGACAGGAGAGGAAGUUUGUGGGUGGCUCCAGCCAGAUCAGUGAACGCAUGGCCGACAGGCUGGGCGAGCGGGUCAAGCUGGGCAGUGCCGUGUGCAGAAUCGAGCAGAGCAGCGACGGCGUGGUGGUGCAGACCCUCAGCAAGGAGACUUACGAGGCCAAAUACGCCAUCAUCGCCACAGCGCCGGCGAUGAACCUGAAGAUGCACUUCAACCCUCCACUACCCCCACUGAGGAACCAGCUGAUCCACCGUGUGCCCACUGGCUCCGUCAUCAAGUGCAUGGUCUACUACAGGGAGAGCUUCUGGAGGAAGAGGGGCUUUUGCGGCAGCAUGGUGAUCGAGGACGAGGAAGCCCCCAUCGGCCUGACGCUGGACGACUGCAAGCCCGACGGCUCCGUUCCCGCCAUCAUGGGCUUCAUAUUGGCUCGCAAAGCUGUGAGACUCGCUGGGCUGACUAAGGAGGAGAGGAAGAAGAAGAUCUGCGAGAUCUAUUCGCGAGUUCUGGGCUCAGAAGAGGCCUUGUAUCCCGUGCACUAUGAGGAGAAGAACUGGUGUGAAGAAGAGUACUCCGGAGGCUGCUACACUGCCUAUUUUCCUCCAGGCAUACUCACUCGAUAUGGCAGGGUGCUGCGGGAGCCAGUGGGCAGGCUGUAUUUUGCGGGAACAGAGACGGCCACUGAGUGGAGCGGCUACAUGGAGGGCGCAGUGCAGGCUGGCGAACGGGCUGCCCGGGAGAUCCUUCAUGCAAUGGGAUUAAUCUCCGUGAGUGAAAUCUGGAAACAGGAGCCCGAGUCUGUGGAUGUUCCCGCAUUGCCAUUCGUCACCACGUUCUGGGAGAGGAACCUUCCCUCCAUACCUGGCUUGCUCAAGUUCCUGGGCCUGAGCUCUGCCCUAACAGUGGCGGCUGCCGCCGGCAUCCUGGCCUACAAGAAGGGUCUAAUCCCUCGGACUUAAGCCCCGCCCACAGCCAGAGCUCCUCCCUGAGCUCCUCCCUCCCUGGGUCUUAAGCCCAAGGCAAAGUCUGUCGUAUUCCUCAAGCGUGAGGGUUUAUUGUAGGCCGAGGAGCUGUGCCAGCGUAAGAUAAUAGAACAAAAAGGUGUCUAAUUUCUCCAACACAUGGGGCUCUCUGUUGGGCCACAUGUUGGGAACUUAGAAAAUAUAUAAUGUGAUCAAAAGAAGUUGUAAUAUUCAUGUAAUUAAAGAUGAUAAAUAUGAUUUCUCUCCAAAGAGGGUGGUUCAAAGGAAAUUCCGAGAUUUUGGUGGAAUUCAGAAGUCGUGAAAAAGGUCUGCUUGGCCAAUCAGCAAUCAUCGUCGUGAGAACAAUCGUAUGCCGGUGCGUUGUCGUGGUCCGUCCGAUUACCUCAGAUUUUUCCGGUGCGUUGCGGAGUCGUGUCAGGCGACGCCUUUGCAGCUGAUAACAAGCAGGCGUCUGCACAGCAUAACAGUUUUAAAAGCUCGUUUGCCUCUUAAAGGUGCUUAGCGUGACUGUGCGGUCCUUGCUAUUCCUCAUCACACCCUUCAGCCUUUUCGUGACAAUUCAUGUGAAUAUAAUCUCUCUGUAAUAAAUUUACUUGUACUGAAUUCACUCGAAAUUAAGCUAAAGAAUCACAGUGCACGUGUCUAUCAAGGUCCAUUCCAAAGGCUCAAGAUUUGCCAAAAUAUGACUAUGGUUACUGGAAGCUUUAGCCAGGUCCAAAUCAGUAAACGUUUAAAACAAGUUGUUCAAUAGUGCUAAUUUGCCACAAGAUGGCAGUUUUGAGGCACAUGCUACACUUUAGUCACCAUUGUUCACCAUCUUUCAUGUUCAUACCUGUGAUCAGAAUGAGUGGAGAAUUUACUCUGUUCCCCUCCGAAAAGAAAUUUGUUUUGUAUACAUUUCUUACAUUGAUAUUUUGGUGUUUUAAUAAUCAAACUUCUUGUUAAUCUUCUGAAGUAAAAGCAGGAAAGGCACAGAUAUUGUAUCAGUCCUACAAACAAGCAUUUUUAACAAACUGUCCGAAUGCCAACACUGUGACACCUAUACCUCACGGCUAUAAGUUAAGACAAUUUGCCUUUUAUUAAAGUCAGACGCAUGAGUUAAGUCUUUCUUUUUAAAUAUCUAGAGGGAUUGAUGUAUAUCGUCGGUGUUUCAUCGAAAAGGAUUUUGAUAAAUAGUCAUAUAGCUGGAUAGUUAAAUAGUUAAAUAAAUCCUGCGCUAGUAGCAUCUGUCCUGUCUAACUGGGAUCCAACUGGAUGGUCUCAUCACCCAAAGAUGUGCGUGGCCCUGUGGUGUCUGUGAACCUGUGCCUUAUUCCAGCCGUGCUGUGUUGUUAUUUUACAAGCACCCCCCCCCCCCCCAGCCACCCUCAUUACCUCAUGCUGCUUAGCGGUAAGGGAGGGGGCGGCAGCCGGAACAGCACGCAGUGAGAUGAUGAAACAAGCUGCAGGCACGCUGUCACUUACUAGUCUGAUUUCGGCCAAUGGGAAGUGAGAUAAUAAUUGAUUGAUGUAGCACUGUCCCGCCCCCGGUGGAGUCCUCUUGUAAGUGCACCUCCAUUGUGGUCACAGGCUGCAUGUCCAUGCACCUCACAUUGCCUGUUCAAUUGCGGACACUGAUUCUGAGAGUGCUCCUCUCCUGCUCACCACACAUCAUCCUUCAUUUCAGAUGGGAUUUUUUUCAGGGCCGUGAAAUCGACCCUGUUGUGCCCUAAACUGAAUCGCAUCCUAACGGUACCUGGGGGAAUUUAGCCUUCAUGUCGCCCCCUCCUGGACAUAGCAAAAAUUGCAGCUAAAUGAUUUUGAAAUGCCAUGUGCUUUGUGCCAGGCUCAGCUGACUUACUGCCACUGGGCGUGCUGCCGCCCCCUUCCUCUCUGGGCGACGCCUCCCCUGCUCUGUGCCUCACACCCUGUAGCGGGUCAUGCUGCUCCUGUGCUUGUUGCUGAUGUUGUAGAGUCUGUAUUCCCUCCGCGCCGGGGUGGUACCUGGAUCCCGAGCCUCGCUGCCGUACCUUCUGUCAUUAAAUGUUCUGGUCCUGUGCUCACGUUCUAUGAUUUCUGUUCAGUUUAAUUCCAAAGUUGAAAAUAAAAAUGUGAAUCGUG